UAAAAAAAAAAAAAACAGGAAAUUCUGCAGAAACGAAAAGUUCGAGACGUUUUUAAGGCACAGGUGGGGACACUGUAAGGAUAGAAAACCUUCUUUCUCAAACGUCGUCAGUACUGUGCUGCAGAUGGCUUGCUUUGACAGCAAUAAGAGCAGUUUGGAGGAUGACAGCGGUGAAGGAGCUGUUGGGGGAGGGCUGUCCAGCUGUGCGUUGGCAAUGCUGGAGAAGGAGCGGGAAUCCCUUCUCAGCCCUUCAGAGAGCCCUGGCACCUUCAUCAGCAGCAACACUAGUUUUCAAGCUGCUGCCCCCGUCCAGGGCUAUGACGUGGAGUUUGACCCACCCUUAGAGAGUAAAUAUGAGUGCCCUAUCUGCCUCAUGGCGUUGAGGAAUGCCAUUCAAACACCCUGCGGCCACCGUUUCUGCAAGAACUGCAUUGAGAAGUCCAUUCGUGAUACAGGACAGAGGUGCCCUGUGGACAAUGAAAUGCUGUCAGAAGACCAGCUGUUUCCUGAUAACUUUGCCAAACGCGAGAUUCUAUCACUAACUGUUCGCUGUCCAAACUCCGGCUGUGCUGAGAAAAUGGAGCUCCGACAUUUAGAGAACCAUUUGGCACACUGUCAGUUUGCCACUGAGCCUUGCCCACAAUGCCAACAGUCCGUGAGAACGAGCCACCUAGAGGAGCACACAACUGUUGAGUGCCAAAGGAGACCUGUGUCGUGUCCAGAUUGUGUGGCAAGCUUUGUUUAUGAGGAGAGAGCGCUCCACGAACAGCAGUGCCCUUUUGCCAGUGUGAAAUGCCAGUACUGUGACUUGGAUCUCAUCAGAGACCAGAUGGAUUCUCAUUGUGACACAGAUUGCCCAAAAGCACCCAUCGCGUGUAACUUUAGUGCCUUUGGAUGCAAGGAAAGGAUGCAACGCCACAACCUGGCUCAGCACAUGCAGGAGUUCACACAGAUGCAUAUGCGCUACAUGGCUGACUUCCUGCGUAGCCUUAGCCUUAACGGCACCACACCCAAAUCCCUGUGGGCCCUAGGACCGUCGGUUUCCUCUGAGGAUCAAGGAGCGGCAGCAUCAGUGUCAGCCUGCAGUGGACCCAGAGGAGCUGCGAGCUGCAGCAGCAAUGCUUCAUGUCAACCUAAAGAGGAGAUGCUAGUGCUCAGGGACAUGGAUAGACGAUUGGUAAAGCAGGAUCACCAGCUGCGUGAGCUCAUCAUCUUAAAAGAAACACAGGCUGGCCAGCUUGCAGAGCUCAGGGGUAGAGUGUCCAUUCUGGAGGAGACAGUGAAGGAGCUGGAGUGUCAGCAGUGUCACGGUAUCUUUGUCUGGCGCCUCAAAGGUUUCUCUGGCCACCUGCGGAGCCAAGAAGCAGGCCUGCCAGUGGUUGAGCACAGCCCCGGCUUCUACACAGGCCGUCCAGGCUACAGGCUGUGCCUGCGCUUACACCUGCAGACCCCCAACGCGCCGCGCUGCUCCAACUAUAUCUCCCUCUUUGUCCACACCAUGCAAGGAGCUUUUGAUGGGCAGCUGACUUGGCCGUUCCAGGGCACUAUUCGCCUUGCCAUCCUAGACCAAGGCCCCGAGGGUCAGCACCACACAGAGGUGAUGGAGACUAAACCAGACCUGCAAGCCUUCCAGAAGCCCAUCAUCCAGCGCAACCCCAAAGGAUUCGGCUACGUCACCUUUAUGCACCUGCAUCAGCUGAGUCAGAGAGCCUUUGUUAAAGAUGAUACUCUACUUAUCCGCUGUGAGGUGACACCACGUUUUGACAAUAUGCAUCACCGUGAGGGGCCGACAGUGCAGCCUAGAGGACCCGAGGCCUCAGUGUCGAGGGACUAAAGUCAGACUCAUAUCUGCGCGAUCAUCACCAUGCCGAGAUGUCAGUACAGUACAUCUCUCAGUGUUUAAAUACGAGUUCAUUUCGAUUGAUGGACAGGAGGAGGUUCAAAACCAUUUAAAAUUCGGAUGCUGCAAGUAUGUUAGUAUUUAUUUGUUUGCUAACUUUUAAUUGUCAAUGUGAUUUUUGUUUUACAUAAAUAUAUACAGUACAAUUUUUGAUUCAUUUUAAAAUGUAUGUAGUCACCCACAUGGUACCAACAUUCAGCAAGCCUCUUCAGUUCAAUGGUCAGUAAUAUUUAAUCAGCUCAACAUCACCACUUUAAGUUAUGCACUUGCUGUCUUCCGACUGAAUAUUACUAUAUAUUAAUAUGAUUUGUUGGAGACAGCACCGAAUGUUAAAAAUGUGUGGCACUAUGGGACAAUGUUUUUAAUGAGCAGAUUAUUGUAGUUUUUACCUUAUCCUCUAUUAGCACAUGCACAAGAAUCCACAUGUGUGCAUAGGGACAUGUGGGUAACGUGAUAAACAUUCUCAACAUCUGCAAAAGAUUAGAUUAGAGGAGAUCAGAACAGAAAUUAAGCCCAAAGGAACAGCACCGGGCUGUGUGGCAAUUUUCUUGUAGUGGCCGCAGUUUGAAUUGUCAAAUUGGGUCCAAAAAGACAUUUUCCGAUACCAAAUCAUAUAAAGGAAAUGGCUGUAAAACACACAUGCUACAGGCACUGAAAUGACUCCUUAUGAUCACAAUUUGAUCUUUGUCCAACAAAAAUAAAACUUCAGGAAGCCACACAAGGAUGUGCAAGUGAACUGAACUGAACAACUUUCAUUGGAAUGAAAGGGGUGCAAUCUCUUGGAACAAAGUAUCUCUCUUUAUAUAUCUAUAGGUGAAACAAGAGACAGAAAAGGUAUCAUGUAAGCUGGAGAAGAGGAAGCAGCAGCGAAGAAACAAGUCUGGCCAUGUCCACACAAAAGGAGAGCUACAGCACAUGAUGCCACUUGGUUCCAUGGUAUUAAGACAUGGCAGUAAGCUACUUAGCAACUUACAGCAAAAAAGUGGAGAAGAAAACUACUAGCUGAUGUUGGUAGCCUAUGGAUAUUUGGAAACAAUGCAAGUUUCAAGAGUCUGCCUUGAGGCAGAUACUGUAUUUAAACGUACAUACAGUGAAUUCUGAUGAGAAACAGAACCGAAACUGUAAACAUAACAUUUGGUUUAUACCAGAACCCCAGAGGGUACUUUUAAAGUAAUCUCAUUGUGAGGAAUAGGAACAGCAAAACUCACAUUCAUGUGCUUUCCAAAUUCAGCAUUUCAUGCUUCACUACUUUUGACUACUGUUCUUAGGGCAUCACUGUGAUAUAAGCAGCAGAAUAGAACCGCACAACAGCAUAAUACUGUACAGAUGUACAGAUUUGUCAGUAAGUUGGUCAUUUUGCUUUUGAUUGAAUUUCCGAUGUCGUUCACACAAGUUCCUACCUAAUGUGAGAAAAAUAGAAAAAUAUAUCAAAUGAGUAGACGUAAAUCCAAAAUCAUGGAUCAGUGUCUUUACUUUAAAACCACAUGCUGCCUGUUAAGCCUUUACUUGAUGUAAUGAAUAUAUUGCAUUUUUAGUUUUAGUCUUGUUCCUACAUUUGUAACAUUGUGAUGCCUUUCAAAGUAAUUUGACUGUAAACCAGGGGUCUCAAACUCAAACUGUAGUGGUAGCUGGUAGUAAUAUUCUGAAAAUAUUGACUUUACUAACAUCAUAUAAAAAAUAAAACAUACAAACAACA